GCGGAGAGCCUGAGGGUCCGGAAGUCAACACCAUGUCGAGUCUGCACAAGAGCCGGAUCGCAGAUUUCCAGGAUGUCCUGAAGGAGCCCUCAAUUGUGUUGGAAAAGCUUCGGGAACUCAGUUUUAGUGCUGGCGAUCAAAGCUGAGAGUGACCUUUGGUUCAUGGUAAAACCCCAGCCUUAGAACACCAACUUGAAGGAGCUGAAUCAAGUUUGACUUUGCCCUCCCUAACAUGGCAUCCCCUGUGAGGGCGGACUGCGGUGCCUCUGCUGGAAGAUCCUCUUGAACUACCUCCCCUUGGAGAGAGCUUCAUGGACUUCUAUCCUGGCCAAGCAGAGGGGGCUCUAUUCGCAGUUCCUGAGGGAAAUGAUUAUCCAGCCUGGCAUCGCCAAGGCCAACAUGGGUGUAUCCAGAGAGGAUGUGACCUUUGAGGACCAUCCCCUCAACCCAAACCCUGACAGCCGGUGGAACACAUAUUUCAGGGACAAUGAGGUGCUGCUGCAGAUUGACAAGGAUGUCCGGAGGCUGUGUCCAGAUAUAUCAUUCUUCCAGAGAGCCACCGAGUACCCCUGCCUCCUCAUCCUGGACCCCCAGAAUGAGUUUGAGACCCUUCGUAAGCGAGUGGAGCAGACAACGCUGAAAUCCCAGACGGUGGCCCGGAACCGGAGCGGGGUCACGAAUAUGAGCUCCCCACAUAAAAACAACACCUCACAAGCCCUGAACGAAUACGAGGUUCUGCCCAAUGGCUGUGAGGCCCACUGGGAGGUGGUGGAGCGAAUCCUGUUCAUCUAUGCCAAGCUCAACCCUGGCAUCGCUUACGUGCAGGGCAUGAACGAGAUCGUAGGCCCCCUCUACUACACCUUCGCCACUGACCCCAAUAACGAGUGGAAAGAGCACGCUGAGGCUGACACCUUCUUCUGCUUCACCAACCUCAUGGCGGAGAUCCGGGACAACUUCAUCAAGAGCCUGGAUGACUCACAAUGUGGCAUCACCUACAAGAUGGAAAAGGUGUAUUCCACCUUGAAGGACAAGGACAUGGAGCUCUUCCUGAAACUGCUGACACCCCGCUCCUCGCUGUCUCCCCAGCAAGAACAGAACAUCAAGCCCCAGUUCUUCGCCUUCCGCUGGCUGACGCUGCUGCUGUCCCAGGAGUUCUUGCUGCCUGAUGUCAUCCGGAUCUGGGACUCCCUCUUUGCUGAUGACAACCGCUUUGACUUCCUCCUCCUGGUCUGCUGUGCCAUGCUCAUACUGAUCCGGGAGCAGUUGCUGGAAGGGGAUUUCACCAUCAACAUGAGGCUUCUGCAGGAUUACCCCAUCACAGAUGUCUGCCAGAUCCUACAGAAAGCCAAGGAACUCCAGGACUCCAAGUGACCUGGUGACAAGAGGCCCAGACUUGGAGGAGCAGCCACAUGAACCUGGCUUCUGGGUCACAAAGAAUCAGUGGCAAACCAGUCUGAGGGGCGGCUGCAGGCGUGGCCAGUGCCAGGUCUUCCCAGCCUGGCUCCCAUAGGCCAGACUGCUCCUCCUGGGGGCUCACUGCUGUGCUCCUUUCCAGCCACUUGGCCCUGGCACCCUCCCUGUGCUUCAGCCCUGGGAGCCUCCACCCAGGUCUCUGAGCAGGACUGGCGUUCCGGAACUGGUUUCCUGGGGCUGGGGACAUAGAGGCACAGGAGAAGACUGGCAAGGGUCCGCCCUGCCUCUUCCCAGCAGCUCUUCAUCCUUUCCUGCUUUCAUCGUCCCCUGGGCGCUGGUCGGGGAGGUGUUUGGCAGAUGGGCCAGAAGCCACUUCUGGACACUGGUGCUCACGCUGCAUGGGAAAAUGACCCCAAAAGAGCUGAGUGACUGCCAGAUCUAGGUUCCACCCUCUCUCCCACUGAGCAUGUGUUUGCUCAUGGCUGGGGUAUGUAUCCCAGGUGUCUGCACGUGCACACAUACAGUCUGGAAGUGGGGUGAGGGUAUCUUGGAAUCUCUCGGUCCCUGCUUCCCCUUCUGUGUCUCUACCUCUGCCUGUCUCCCUCCUCCUUUCUCAGAGAUGUGUGUGUGGCUCUAUGUCUCUCCUCUGUCCAUUUCUCUCUCUCUCUCUCUCUCCCUCUGCCCUUCUCUCUUGGGGUGCCUUAUCCUGAGCCUCUUCCCUUCCUCCUCCCCUCUACUCCCUGAAGCAGGUGGACAAAAUGAGGAGUGUGGCUCAGGAAGGCCUCUGAAGGCCAACCUUAGCUUUGGCACCCUCCUCCAAUCCCCAGCCUGAGACUCCCAGGUCCCCUAGUCAGGAAGGGACUCCACAGUGCCUCACCAGAGAGCCCUGACCCUGCUCUGCACUUGGAAACCAAAUGCUGCUAAGAAUGGUAGCCUGUGAAACUUGGAGACCCUUUCCCAUGGAAUGGAGAGAGAAGUGGGGCGGUCUGUUCAGCUGUUCCCACAAAGGCCCACCCAUCUCAGUGGUCGAGGACCUCCAGGCGGUCCUGUACCAGGGAGCUGGAUUCCAAGUGUUCAGAAAGUUAUCAUCCCCUUGAUUUCAGCAUCCCAGUCCAGGGUGUAUAAGCUCCAUCAAGGGCAGGGGGACCAAAGGAUGCCUCUCUGAGCCCAGGAGGGGCUGAAUUCACAGAACUGGGUCCUUUCGGUGCCAGGAGGGUCAUGUCUACCCUCUACUUCCGUGAGGGCUGCAGAGGUGCUGGCUUUCCCAGUCAUGUGCUUGAACUAUCCCCAGGAUUUAGGGGAUAUGCCCUGUACAGGAACCCCUGACUACCAGCUGGGCAAGUAGUGAGCUUAUUCUGAGCAUGUUCCUUCCCCCUCAUGUGGAGGGCCGGUGGUUUGGGUCCUGAAGGUAGACUUGCCAGUGCAAAGACCUCCUCUCUCCGCAGAUGGGCCAGCAGAAGCUGGGCUCUAGCAGCUCUCCUUCCUGAGCUCAGUGGGCAGGGCAUCCUGCCUUCCUGGGCUGCUGUUCCAGUUCCUCAGAUAAAGCUUCGACUAUACUUGUCUUCUGGCCACUUUGUCCCCAACAUACAAUAUUUGGGAAGUUUUUACUAUUUAUGUAGACUCUCGCUAUUUAUUGCAAAUUGGCAAGUGCUUUGGGAUGAGGGUGGCUGAGGUGGUAGAGGAGUUUGAGGCAUGAAUGGCCCUCUUGUUUCCCAAGGUUAGCCCUGACAUCCUCUUCACAGGUCCUGGCUGGGAGGGCUGCCAGCUCUCAGUAGAACUGAGGAGGGAGGCCACAGCUGGUGAUGAGUUUGCUGUGCACAGAGAUACUGACCAGAUACACUCCAAUGUCCUGGCCCACACUCAGCCCAGGACUUAGCUGAUGGUUCAGCUCUGACUUUGACCCCUUCAUAGCUUGAGGCUUUGGCUACUGCCUGGACCCAGCAGAUACUCCCUGGGAUGCCUGAUGCAUUCCCUCUUGCCUGUCCCCCUUUCCUGGAAUCAUGCUACUUGAAUCACUGUAUCUGUUUGCCUCCGUGGGAGAACUGCAUCCAGAGCCUUCUGCCUCGUCUUUGAGACGGAGGUCAGGAGCACAAGAACCAUGCUUGGGUAGGCUGCUCCCUGGUGAGGUGCUGCCUGGGGAAGGACUUGCCCUGGAUUCUUAAGGGAGGCCCACAGAGUCAGAGGCCUGCAGCUUCCCUCCCAGGACCACGGACACUUACACACUGAGCUGUGUGAGCUUGGCAGGUCUCUAUCUGACGGUCAGAGCGUUAGUUGCUUUGUGUUCUCACGUGUCUUCUCAAUCAGUGCUGUCAAUGAGUUGUCUUUAAUAAAUCCUGUGUUCUUUA